AAUUGUCAUUAAUCGUAUCACAUUUUGUUUGUCAAACUCUGAGGAAUUUACUGAAAUCAACGGUGAUUUUCUGCGGUAAAUACAAUUAAUUUUGUUUCAUUUACUGGAAGAGACAAUAAAAAUGGUCGAAAAUAAUGGUGUUGAGCUGUCUGAAGCGGAAGCGGAACAGUACGACCGUCAGAUUCGCCUGUGGGGUUUGGAAUCACAAAAGAGAAUUCGUUCCUCCAAGGUUUUGAUCAUCGGCUUGUCCGGCUUAGGUGCCGAAAUCGCGAAGAACAUUAUUCUAUCAGGAGUAAAAAGUGUAUGUUUGCUUGACAAUGAGAAGUUAAAGGAGACUGAUUUGCACUCUCAAUUCUUAGCACCGAGCGACAAGAUCGGUGAAAAUAGAGCAGAGACUUCUUUACAACGCGCGAGGGCUUUGAACCCUAUGGUGGAAGUAACUGCUGAGACGAAGGCAGUAGAAGCACUGCCGGAUAGUUAUUUCGGAACAUUCGACGUUGUUUGCGCUACAGGCUUGAAACAGGAGCAAUUGGAGCGCAUUAAUAAUAUUUGCCGCGACAAAACGAACAAAUUCCUCUGCGGUGACGUAUGGGGUAUGUUUGGUUACAUGUUCGCAGAUUUAUUUGACCACGAGUAUUCCGAGGAAAUAGUUCAACAUAAAGCCGUGAAACGUGGUCCUGAUGACUCUGAAAAGAACGCGAGAGAAACUGUUACCAUUAAUGUGAAGCGUAGGGCAAUUUACGUGCCACUGCAGAAUGCUUUAUCCGCUGACUGGACUAAGCCGGAACUAAGGUCAAGAUUGCGUCGCGGAGACCCAUCGUACUUUGUCAUGAAGAUACUGCUUAGAUUUAGGGAUGAAUAUAACAGAAAUCCUGACCCUGCAAAACGAAAAUCUGAUACUGAAAUAUUAUUACGUAUGCGCAAUGAGCUUGUGAAGGAACUGAAUCUCCCUGUCGGUUUUGUAUCUGAUGCCAUAUUGACAGAUGUGUUUGGAAUUGUCGCUGGGGCAGCAGCAGUUGUAGGAGGUGUUAUUGGGCAAGAGGUAGUCAAGGCAGUAAGCCAACGGGAACCACCACAUAACAACAUGUUCUUCUUCAACCCUGUCAAAUGUGUUGGAUUUGUUGAACUGUAUGGACAAUAGACGUUUAAUUUUGACCUUUGUAAUUUAAUUGUAAGAAUAAAUAAAGUAAGUUAAUUAAA